CCGGACACGUGAUUGUGGACUGGAGAUUAUCAAGAUGGCUGCGCGCAAGGGACAGCACGCGUCUCGUAGUCGGGGAACAGAAGGAAUGGCAGCGGACUCAGCACGGAGGGAUCUGGCUGCUAAACUUGAGGCAGUGCUGGAAAAUCGGGGCAACGCCAACGCUGUGUUUGAUAUCUUGGAGUACCUGGAAUCUCCAAAGGAAGAUAUUGUACAAGCUGCAAUUCGAACGUGCUCUAAAAUGUUUGAAACUUUAUUGGAGAAGGGGGAGCUUUUUGUUGGUGACCUUCCUAAAGAGGAUGAAAGCCUUCCAGAGACAUGCAGUGCUGAAGAAAAGUUCAAGAUGUGGAUGAGGCAUCGGUAUAACAGCUGUGUUACCUGCCUGCUGGAUCUCAUGCAGAAUAGCUAUUUCAAUGUGCAGGAACUAGCACUGUGCACACUUAUGAAGUUCAUCCAACUAGAAGGAAAGUUCCCUCUUGAGAAAGCUGAAUGGAAGGAAAGCUUCUGUUUCCCAUUAUUACUGCUAAAAUCUGUAGUUAACAGCUUGCUGCAGGAGGACGCAGAUGCUCAUUUACUCAUUUCACGAUACCAAGAGUACGUAGAAUAUGAUGACGUUCGUUAUUAUACUAUGGCCGCUACCAGUGAAAUUAUUGCACGUGUUCACCAAAAGAAUAAAGAGGGCUUACCGGUUCUUUUCCAAAACAAUGUUUUUUGCUUGCUUUCAUCCAUAAACAUGCCAGAAGAGGAAGGUGCAUUGUCUAACUUCUUGGUAACUCCCAAAGCAAAAGAUGAAGAUUGGAAGCCAUCAAAACUGAAGGAGCAAAAAAGGGUUUUUGAACGAAUUUGGAUGGGCUUCCUUAAACACAAACUUCAAAUCAACAUGUAUAAGAAAGUACUCUUGAUCAUGCAUGAAUCCAUCCUACCUCACAUGAGCAAGCCAACCUUGAUGAUAGAUUUCCUUACAGCUGCCUAUGAAAUUGGUGGAGCUAUCAGUCUUCUUGCUCUGAAUGGCCUCUUCAUGUUGAUUCAUCAACAUAACCUAGAGUAUCCAGAUUUCUACAAGAAGCUCUACUGCCUUCUUGACCCAUCUGUGUUUCAUGUGAAAUAUCGUGCCCGCUUUUUUCACCUUGCCAAUUUGUUUCUGUCAUCAACGCAUUUACCGGUCUACCUCGUUGCUGCUUUUGCUAAGCGCCUGGCCCGGCUUUCGCUCACAGCACCUCCUCAAGCACUGCUCAUGAUUAUCCCAUUCAUCUGUAAUCUUAUCCGCCGGCACCCAGCUUGUCGCCCUCUCAUCCACCGACCUGCAGCUACUACAGAUCUGAUGAUGGAUCCAUACUGCAUGGAUGAACCAGAUCCAGCAAAAUGCCGGGCACUGGAGAGUUCCCUGUGGGAGCUGGAGGCUCUUCAGACGCACUACCACCCUGAUGUAGUAAGAGCUGCCAAUGUGAUCAGUCGGGCUCUGUCGACACAGGAAAGUGAUAUAUCUGAGCUCCUAGAGAUCUCUUCUUAUGAGCUUUUUGACAAGGAGCUGAAGAAAAAGUUUGGCUCAGUUCCUCUGGAAUUUGAACCAGUGCAAGGACUGCUUGGCAGGAAGCAUGAUAUUAUUGUUGAUCAUUUUGCCCUGUAAUUUUGUUUUCUAUUAAAACAUUCAAAAAUGUA